AUGUCUUUCCUUCCCAAAUUGACUCAGUUUGUAGACAACCAUCAAGAGGAAUACAUAGAGGCUUUGAGGCAGUGGGUUGCUGUGGAAAGUGACUCUAGUGAUAUAACAAAGAGGCCAGAGUUACACCGUAUGAUGGACAUGACAGCAGAGAAACUGCGUCUUAUGGGAGGGAAAGUGGAGCUUGUUGACAUUGGAAAACAAGAGCUGACAAAUGGUGAUGUAAUAUCUUUGCCAAAAGUUGUAACUGCCCAGUUUGGUAAUGAUCCCAGUAAAGACACUGUCUGUGUCUACGGUCAUGUGGAUGUACAGCCGGCCAAGAUAGAAGACGGGUGGGCUACAGACCCCUACAACUUGACUGACAUUAAUGGAAACCUGUACGGCAGAGGAGCAUCUGAUAAUAAGGCUCCAGUGCUGGCUUGGAUCCAUGCUGUGGAAGCCUACCAAGCUCUUAACAUUGACCUGCCCGUUAAUGUUAAGUUCUUAAUUGAGGGGAUGGAGGAGACCGGGUCCAAUGGCCUGGAUGCCAUGAUCAUGGCUCAGAGAGAAACAUUCUUUUCAGAUGUGGAUUACAUUGUCAUCUCUGAUUGUGGCUGGCUAAGCAAACGCCCUGCACUGACCUAUGGAACUAGAGGCAACUGUUACUUCUUUGCAGAGAUAGAGGGGCCUAAGCAGGAUUUGCAUUCAGGCGUUUAUGGGGGUACAGUGAUCGAGCCAAUGACAGAUCUCAUUGGCAUUUUAGACACUCUAAUUAGCCCAAGUGGAACAAUCCUUAUCCCAGGGAUCAGGGAAGCAGUAGCUCCCUUUUCAGAUGAGGAGUGGAAGAUGUAUCAGGACAUUGAGUUUGACAUAGAAAAUUAUAAGGAAAAGAUUGGCAUCAGCCAACUCAUGUACAGCAAUAAGGUUGACUUGCUUGCUCAUCGAUGGCGCUACCCAACUCUGUCUAUCCAUGGCAUAGAGGGUGCUUUCUCUGCUCCAGGCUCAAAGACUGUCAUACCUGCUAAGGUCACUGCCAAGUUCUCUAUCCGCCAGGUUCCUAACAUGGACCCAGCGGUGGUGAAGAAACAGGUGACGGACUACCUGCACUCUGUCUUUGCAAAACGGAAGAGCCCCAAUAAACUGAAGGUGACCAUGAUCAUUGGGGCAAAGCCCUGGUUGGCUGACACACAGCAUACCUUGUAUGAAGCUGGAAAAGCGGCAGUCAAGAGAGUAUUUAACAUGGAGCCUGACUUGAUCCGUGAGGGGGGCACAAUCCCUAUUGCCAGGACAUUCCAGGAUGUGACAGGAAAGAGUAUAAUCAUGCUUCCGAUUGGUGGCUUUGAUGAUGGACUGCACUCCCAGAAUGAGAAGAUGAGCAGGUAA